AUUCAGUCGGAACAGGCUUAUGCUUUGUGGAACCAGGUUGUGAGAGGGAUUCUAUUGAAAGCCGUUCGAAAUUGUGCUGUUAUUUCUCUUUUUACAGUUGUAGUUCUCUGUGUCUUCUUUCACAAGUUUUGAAAACCUUCCCAGGAGCUAAAAUUUCAAUGAAUGGCUCCACUCUUGCCUUGUUUCUUCGAAAUGUGUGACGAUUUCUUCGAAGCAGUGCAUUGUUCUUACUCGCAUCUGGGUAGAGGUAGCGGUUUAGCUGAUGCAGUGCCCCCCCUCUCCUUUUUCCUUCUUUCACAGGGUUUAAUAUGCAGCAGAUCGUGCAGGGCCGCCUUGUAGACGUCUGUUUGUUUUUAACAGUUACUUCAGAAUAAGAAUGGGAAUUUAAGAAUUGGGAUAAAAGGGAGCUGUGAUGGAGUAAGUUGAGGAGCGCAUCGAUGCCUCAAGCGAGGUAGUCGUGGACACUAUAGAAUGAGGAGAUUUUGGAAAAGCGUGCGAGGCAGGGGCAGGCAAGAAAGACAGACUUCCUGUUUAGCUGGCCAGUUCCUUCAGAAAAACCUACUGCUCCGGGAAAUCAAUGAAUCUGGCACUGACACUCUUGCUUCUAUGUCGUGUUCCUGCCCCUCGACUCGCUCAAGCGUUGCUAGCGAUGUGACGACUAUGGUACAUGUGUUCGUGCGUUCUGUUGAAUCUAGUUGCGCUUCCUCUCCUAGUGAUGUGCCUCCUUUUUCUCAACGCCGGAUUUAUUCGACUCUGGAAAAUCGUGAAUAUUUUGUGAGUCAAGAAUCAGUGAAAAAGAGCAAAUUCAGAAUAGAUGUUGGCCGUGGGAUUAGAUCUUUCGUCGGCCUUACUAGGAACUCAGGAGGGAUUGUUUCACCAUCUCGACAAUUUCCGUCCGGUGGGAAUUUGUAUCAUGUCGUCCGAUUUUUUCAUGCAAGAUAUGCAACAGCUGCAGCUGCCAUUGAGAGGGAUUACAUAAUUGCAGGAACGAGGGUUUCUGAAGGCGUCAAUAUUGAAACCUCAUUAUCUAGCGCCGAGUUAGUUGAUGGGACAGAGCCAUUGACUGCACUUAAUGUGGAGCUCACUGAGAAGGACGGGGCUUUAUCACAUGUCGCGGAGCUUGAGACGAAGCUGCGGUGUCUAAGAGAUUGGGGGCUUACAGACGAGGAACUUGCUAAACUACGUCGUCAUGUACCUACUUCUGUCCGAAGUGCCUUGUUAAAUAACUCCGCGAAGAAGUUAAUUGAGGUUGCAGCAUUUCUAGUUGAAGAAUGUGGGGUGAAGAAGCUGAAUGUCGCAGAUGCGUUGCUUGGGAAUGUCUUUCUGGCCAGUAGCAGAAUUGAAGAUUGUUUGAGACCCAAGGCGUUAUACCUGCUAUCCCUUGGUAUUACAAAGGAACAAGUAGGCAAGAUCAUAGACCGCCACCCACAAAUUUUGACGUACAAUAUGGAGCAGCGAGUACUGCCUAUGCACCGCAAACUCAUCGAAUGUGGUUUGAAGAUAGAAGGCAUAGGAAAGGCCGUGAUGAAAUUCCCAGGACUCUUUGGCACUGGUAUCAACAAGAUUGACCGGACCAUAGAAUUCUUGAAAGCUGCAGGCGUGGUUGAAAUAGCCAAGUGUAUCUCCAGACACCCGCAGAUUCUAAGCUUGAGCUUGGAUGGCAAGGUUCAUAACAUGACGGCGUUUUUAAAGUCUGAGCUACUACUGGAACCUGAGAUUAUCAACAAGACGAUUGCUAUUCAACCAUGUAUUUUCACUCACAGCGUGGAACACAAUGUCCGUCCAAAAGUGAUGUAUUUCUUACGUCUUGGUCUCGAACGGCGAGAAGUUGGCAGAAUGAUUGCUGUGUACCCAGCUCUUAUUGGCCACAGCUUGGAGACCUCUAUCAAGCCAAAGAUCGACUUCCUUCUUAAUGUAAUGAACAGGAGUGUUAACGAAAUUGUUUCAUUCCCUCAAUAUCUAAGUUACAGCCUGCCUUGUCGCAUCCAGCCUAGAUACGAGUACCUCGCAAACAGGGGCAGAAAUGAUAUCAGUCUUUCAUCAAUGUUGACAUGCAGACUUGAUAUUUUCAAUAAGCGAUAUUCGAGUGGCUUCGACUUAUCCAGCUGUUAGGUGGCAGAUUGAAAUGAAGCUCAAGAUGCUGUCGAUGUUGCAUACAGCGAUCGGUACAGAUGGAUUUGAGAAGAGAAACUUUGAGGGUUAGUCACCGUUUAGAAUGACAGCCGUCACGGUUUUUCCUGAGGAUUUAGGUCAUAGUGUCAUUCUACCUAGAAUAUUAUCAGGAUAACAUUAAUUGGUUUUGACAGUUUUUCUUGAACUUUCAAACCUAGGAAAUUCUAAGUUUAAUCUAUUAUAACACUUGAACCAAAACGUACAGUGUACAAGUGACUUCAGAAGACCUUUUACAAAUUUUAGGUCAAAUGUUCCUUCAAA